UGGCAUAAAGAUCUUAAAAGCUUGAACCCCGAUAAAUGCUGCUUGCAGCUUUAAUAUGACUAUUGUAAUUUUAACUGGUGCCAGGAUCAGUUCAUGUGUUCAUCUGGAGCCCUGAUGAUUGACCUCUUUCUUUCUGCCAUGAAACUGUGGGUCACUUGUGUUUCUUAUUUGUCUGAAUUGAUUUUAGACAUGAUGGAAGUGAAAGUGGAGUGUGAAGAACUGAAUGUAGUGGAGGAGGAUCAUCAGUAUCAGAGACCUCAGAAGGUCAUAACAGGAGAAAAGUCGUCACAGUCCGAAAGCGAUUUCUCUCAGAAAAGAACAGGAGCCAAAAAACCACCAUUCAUCUGCCCUCAGUGUGGGAAGUGUUUCACACUCAAAGUGAACCUUAAAAGCCACAUCAAAAUUCACACCGGAGAGCGUGAUUUCACCUGUCUGCAGUGCGGCAGCAGCUUCUUCAAAAACACAGAUCUGAAGAGACACCUGCAAACACACACCGGAGAGAAGCCGUUCAGCUGCCCUCACUGCGGGAAGAGCUUCACACGCAAAGAGAGCCUGGAGAAUCACAUCCGGAUCCACACCGGAGAGAAGCCGUUCAGCUGCCCUCACUGCGGGAAGAGCUUCACACGCAAAGAGAGCCUGGAGAAUCACAUCCGGAUCCACACCGGAGAGAAGCCUUUCACCUGCCUGCUGUGCGCCAAGAGCUUCAUACGCAAAGGACACUUUAAGAACCACAUGCGCAUUCACUCCGGACAGCGUCCGUGCACGUGUCACGAGUGUGGGAAGAGCUUCACGCAGGCCACCAUCCUCAAAAACCACCAGCACUCGCACUCGGGAGAGAGACCGUUCAGCUGCGGCCAGUGCGGUAAAAGCUUCAUUUCAGCGAAGCACCUGAAGAUCCACCAGAAAAUUCACCAGAAGCUUUUCUUGUGCUCUUUCUGUGGAAAGAUGUUCUCGCAGCUGGGCUACCUGAAAGAGCACCAGAAAAAAGCUCACAUGUGCUCGGUGUGCGGGAACAGCUUCUCUAGAGCCAAAUAUCUGAAAGAGCAUCAGAAGGUCCAUACGGGAGAGAAACCCUACAAGUGCUCACAUUGUGACAAGAGCUUCAGUCAGUCGGGGAACCUGAAAAUACAGGAGAGAGUUCACACCGGAGAGAAGCCGCACCGCUGCCCGCCAUGUGGAAGGAGUUUCGUCACAUCCAGCGCUCUGCUGUCUCAUCGAAGGAAAUGUCGCCAAAAGUUGUCGUAGAGAGCAAGAGUCAAUAGUGUGAAAUUCAGAUGAACUGAAGAGUCAUUGUGCAAGAUCAAUUGCUUCUACAUCUUUGUGCACAGCUACAUUAAUCAUGUUAACUGUGUGCAGUGCCAUUCGUUUACAUCCACAUAUUUAUAUGCGAACUUUGGAAUAUUGCAAUAAAAAGUGUUGUAUGGAAAUGCCAAGAUGCACAUAAAUUUUAAAAUGUGCAUAAAAAACAUAUGAACUCAACUGAGGCAGAUAAUUGUGUUAUCCGAUAAGAAGACUAUGAUGGAAGCUACGAUGCAAACGCAUUUUCCAAAUAAAUCCAUCGAUGCGUAACAGAAGCUCACAUACCUUUGCCUCAACAGAGGCUGUGAUUGGAUAACUGGACUAACCAGUGGACCAAUCGCAUCUCAGCAUCUCAAAUGUUGAUUUGGUGGUUCUGAAAUGCCUGAGCCAAAGUCUGUCAUCAGAAUGAUUUGGUUUAAUUCCCUCCGGAAGUGUCUCACGUGAGCAUCCGAAUGCAAGAGAACAUGACAGCGUUUAUUGUGUUUCAUCUGCCGCUCUGAGACGCAACUCAUUUAUGAUGCAGGAAAAAAGAGCCAAUUGCAGCAACUUACAUUUUUAUUACUGAUAUUUUGCACCAACUUCCCAGGAAGUGACAAUUCUGUUCUCUUGAACACAUGGAAAUUUUGCUUUUUUUUUUGUAAAUGUUUUAUGCCAUAUUCCAAUUUUGCAUAUAAGUUAAAUGGCUAAUAUUUAACA